AAAGAAAGGUAGUUGCUGUAUAGCCUAUAAAUAUAAGCCUUUGAUCUCUCCGCCACUUUCCUCUCCUCUUCCAACUUUCCCUCUGCCCGUUCUCUUCUCUUUAUAAGCGCGCAGCAAAGAUAAGAGGAAACGCAAAGAGAAGAGAAAACUGAGAGGAAAAAAAGGGGUUUCUACUCGAACACAAAGAGCGAUUCUCGCUUCAUCUUCCGCGAAGCGACACCGUUAGGGCAUUUCUGGAUCUGGGAAUUUUAAAAUUUUAAGCUUAUGGAUUAAUUUCUUAGCAGUGUUUUGGUUAUUGGAAAAGGCAAUUUAAAGAUUUUUGUUGGUGGCUUUUCUUGCUAUGGCUGCCACUGCGACUGCCUCUUCUGCUGGUCCACGAUAUGCUCCGCCAGACCCUACUCUUCCCAAACCAUGGAAAGGCCUAGUUGAUGGGAAAACUGGUUAUCUAUACUUUUGGAAUCCAGUAACGAAUGUCACGCAAUAUGAGAGGCCUACAAGCGUAGAUUCUGCCCCAAAAUCUUCUUCUGUGCCUAUGGGUUCUUCAGUUCAAGUUCAGCAAUCUUCUCAAGGACGUCAUGGGUAUAGUCCUGACAAGGAAAAUGAUCAGUAUGGAAGAGGUAGCAACGCUAUAUCAAAACUUGAGCCAGUAUCAAGGAGUAACCAGAAUGCAAGAGGUGGAGCAGUGCAUUCCCAUAAUACACCUAAUGGGACUUCCAGCUCUGUGAUUGGAGGAUCUUCUGCUAGGGGACAUGGAUCAAUGGCUGGGGGAUCUAAUUUGUCCGGUGAUGUUUAUCGCCGUCAGCAUGAGAUAACAGUAACUGGAGAUGAAGUGCCCCCACCUUUUUCAUCAUUUGAAUCUACUGGCUUCCCUUCUGAGAUACUUAGAGAGGUUCACAAUGCUGGGUUUUCUGCUCCAACCCCAAUUCAGGCUCAGUCGUGGCCAAUUGCAUUGCAAGGUAGAGACAUAGUGGCCAUUGCAAAAACAGGUUCUGGGAAAACAUUGGGUUACCUAAUUCCUGGAUUUAUGCAUCUCAAGCGUUGCCACAAUGAUCCUCAAAUGGGUCCAACUGUGUUAGUAUUGUCACCAACAAGGGAGUUGGCUACUCAGAUACAAGAUGAAGCUCACAAGUUUGGGAAGUCAUCAAGAAUUAGUUGCACAUGUUUGUAUGGAGGAGCACCAAAAGGUCCUCAAUUGAGAGAGAUUGAGAGAGGGGUAGAUAUCAUUGUUGCCACUCCUGGCCGGUUAAAUGAUAUUCUAGAGAUGAGGAGAAUCAGCCUCCAUCAAGUUUCUUACCUUGUGUUAGAUGAGGCUGAUCGAAUGUUAGACAUGGGUUUUGAACCUCAAAUACGGAAAAUUGUGAAAGAAGUGCCUACUCGCAGGCAGACUCUCAUGUACACUGCAACAUGGCCAAGGGAAGUCCGGAAAAUUGCAGCAGAUCUACUGGUAAAUCCUGUUCAGGUCAACAUUGGCAAUAUUGAUGAGCUUGUGGCAAACAAGUCUAUUACGCAGUAUGUUGAAGUAUUAUCACCAAUGGAAAAACACAGAAGAUUGGAGCAGAUACUGCGCUCCCAAGAACCAGGAUCCAAGAUUAUUAUUUUUUGUUCAACCAAGAAGAUGUGUGAUCAACUCGCUCGAAACCUCAGUCGGCAAUUUGGAGCUACUGCUAUCCAUGGAGACAAAUCUCAGGCUGACAGGGACUAUGUACUAAGUCAGUUUCGCACUGGGAGGUCACCAGUGCUUGUUGCUACUGAUGUUGCUGCUCGGGGAUUGGACAUUAAAGACAUCAGGGUGGUAAUCAACUAUGACUUCCCUACUGGAGUUGAGGAUUAUGUUCAUAGGAUUGGGAGGACUGGAAGGGCAGGUGCAACUGGAUUGGCAUAUACAUUCUUUGGUGAUCAGGAUUCGAAGUAUGCUUCAGAUCUCAUCAAAGUUCUAGAAGGAGCAAACCAGCGGGUACCUGCAGAACUUCGUGAUAUGGCUUCACGUGGUGGUGGGAUGGGAAGGCCUAGACGUUGGGCUUCCAGUACUGGUGGCCGUGAUGGGGGACGAGGUGGACAUACUGAUUCAGGGUAUGGUGGUAGAGAUGGUGGAAGGGGUGGUCGUGGAAUUUCUACAUCUUCUAGCUGGCAUGAGAGAAGUGGAGGACGUGGAUAUGAUCACGAGUCUCGUGACAGGUAUGGUCGUGGCUUCCAUGAUAGUUAUGAUAAAGGACGAAGUCGCAGCAGUGGCCGUGACCGCAGUCGAAGUCGUAGCAUUGAUAAGUAUGAUAAUGCUGCUGGACGUGAACGUUCCCCUGUGCGCAGUUUUCAUGAAGUGAUGAUGAAACGUGAUCGGUUGUCACCGCCCAGGCAGCGUGGGCUCCCUCACAAUAAUGAGAAUUCAAGGGACCACAAAACUUUUCGUGAUUCGCGGAGCCCUCCCCGUGAGAGGUCAAGGUCACCUUAUGGUGGUGGUAGCGGAAGGGAUAACUUUGGAGGAUCGUAUGGAGAUUCUCGUACAGGUUUUAGGGAUGAGGAGGAAGGCAUGAUACGUCCCGAUCACUGAUCCUUUUGACCUCAGAAUUGAGGGAUUUUGGUGGUUUUAUCACACCUUCCGGUGCUCUCUUCUUUCUCGGAUUUGGUUCAAGUUAUAUGUUUGUGUAGCCCGUAGUAGGGGCAGUGUGCAGCGGAAAGGCAAAGAAGUUUCUGAAAUUGACAUUUUAAAAGGAAUUAUUUUUGUUUUUCUUUUGCUCGAUUUUCUAGGGCAUUUAGACGACUCGACACUCGAGCAGGAAAUUUUAGGAGUGUUGUCAGUGCACUUUGGUUGGAGUAGAAGAUAAGAAGGCAAAGUUUGAUAUGGAAAUGGUAUGGGAAUGGGAGGAAAAACCUCAAGGAAAAUCAUUUUGAUGUAUUGGUUGUGUAAUUCUAAUGAAAUGUGUAAGGAUACUUAUAAGUUUAAAGCUAAUUUCAUUCAAA